UGCUACAAACAACAUCCCAUUGUGUAACAAGAGUUAUAUAAUGUAUAAAAACCCUACGCUAACGCCGCGCCACUGCUACUACCAACAGCAGGCUCCACCCCAGUCGCUGUGUCAUCAGCAUCCCCCUCACCCUCCCCCUCCUCCUCCUCCUCCUCCUCCUCCUCCUCCUCCUCCUCCUCCUCCUCCUCCUCCUCGUCAUCGUCCUCCGCCCCCUCGCCCUCAAUGGCAAUCUCUGGCGGUGCGACGCCCCUCUGUCGGCGGCCCUCGCCUAUCCUCUGGCCGGGGUGUGAGGUGUACCAGGAUCGGAGAACCAUGA